AUGAGCUCAAACAGGCGCCACGCCAACCGAUCGCUCGCGAAUGGACCCUCGUCGCCCACCCGCGCAACCAUUCCGCCGGCCUUCCCCCGGGACGCCUCUCCGACCCCCAGAGGCGGAAGCGGAGGGCGCAAGCCGACCAAGAAUAGGCUUGAGAGCAAUGCUGGCCAUCACGCGUCCGCUUACGCCAGCAACCCUAAUUCUGCCGGGCCAGCUCGGACCCACCAGCAGCAGCAGCCGCAGGGCGAGGCCUCUGCGCUUAUUGGGACUGCUUCUAACGGGGUCAAGAGAGGGGAUUCCAGCGUGAAUGUCAGUGCGGCGAGUAGGAAGGCAGGUGGCGAGAAGGGGGACUUGGAUUCCGGCCAGCGAGGCAGCACGGCUGGUAAGAGCAGCGGCGGAGAGGACGGUGGGUUGUCGACCAGCAGCACUAGGGGGGUAAGCAACAGCAGCAGCAGUGGCAGUACCAGCGGUGGCGGAGGUGGGAGCAGCGGAUGCAGCAAGGCGGGGAAGAUGGGGGAUGGUGGGGUGCGGGAGGUGCGGGUGGAGGCGAUGUUCUUUGUGCACAUGUGCGUCUUCCUCGCCAUCCAACUGCUCUGCCUCCACCGCUCCGCACUCCAUGAUAUCAACUACCACGUCGUUCUUCUGGUCUGUCUGCUCCUCCUGCGCCGAAUAGUCGCCUGCUUCAUCGACUUCCACCCACCUGUCGCCAAUAAACCCUCCCCACCUGCCACCUUUCAGUCCGUCAAUGGCAGCAUUCCUAGCAGCAGCUUCCUCAGUCGAUUUUUCCUGAGCAGUACGAGGAACGAAAGCGUCCUUGCGCGUACUGGCUCUGUCAGCGGUGCUGGCUCUGUAGCGAACGGUGUAGCUGCUAGCGCGGCUAGGAGUGUAAAAGAGAUGGCCAGCAGUGGUAUGAAGGAGUGGAGGGUGAAGGGCAAAGAUGGCAAGACGGGGGGGGAGGGUAGGCGGGGGGGAGAUAAAGACAGUGCUGGUGCUGAUGCUGCUGCUGCUGCUGCAGCCGCUACUACUACUGCCAGGGAGCCGUUUCCGUUGACUGGUAGCGGCAUGAUGGCAGGAAAUGGGGCUUUAAAGCCUGGCAGUCACCACCCGUAUAGUUUUGGUGGAAGCACCAUUGGUGCAGGAGGGGCAGGUGGUGCGGUGGAUGUUGCUGGUUCAGGCGGCGGGUUCGACUCGCCAGAGGGGGGCAAUGAGCUGUUGCUUGGAGAGGACUCCGCAGGGAAGGGGAACUCCCUGCUCAAUUCGGGGCUUGGUGAAGUUGGGAGAGGCUCAGGUCAUGGGCAGUGGGAGCAGCAUGUCUUCCCGCCCAUUGGUGCCGUCACUGGCACCUGCAGCUCCCUGCUUCUGGUGGGGCUGUACGUGGCAGCUGUGGCGCUCCUCGCGCUCAAGCUCUCCCUUACCCUCCCCUGGCAGUCGCAGCUGCUGCUCUUCGUCCCGCCCAUCUGUUACGCCAUCAUCAGCCAAACCACCUCGUCCCUUCCUCCUCCCCUCUCCUCCUUCCCUCAACCCCCCUCCCAUGCACCAAGUCUAAACUCGCUCUCGCACUCUCACGCUGCUCCUCCCUCCUCCAACCCCCACUCCUCCCCAUCCCUGCACGACUGCACAGCCCCCCAGCAAAACCCGCUGGCUGGUGCGGCGCUGCAUGCAGCAGCAGCAGCAGCAGCGCCCUGCCAGCAGGCAAGCGGCGUGCAUCCGCUGCGGCGCUGGCCCAAGCUGCUGAUGCGCCUGGUGCUGGUGGAGGCGUGCAUGGGCAGCUACCUGGUGGGGGUCGUCCCCAUCCAAGGCACCUACGUGAGUCUCUGUCUCCAUCCGCGCAUAUAUCCCCAAGGCACCUAUGUGGAUGUUCAAAUGCACGAGGACAUACUAGUGAGCCGUCUCUCCUGCUGUCUGCUGCUGGGGUACGCGUUUGUAGGGGCGGCCAUGCUGCUGCUGAUGAAGGAGGCCGUGCUGCGGCGGGAGCAGGUGGAGUACGUGGCGGCGCACCUGGGGUGCUGGCACCGCGUCGACGUGCCGAAUUUCACCAUCAGCAGGGACGUGGCGGAGUGGAACCCCCACAGUGUGCCGUACAGUGAGGGUGCCAUUGUGCAGCGAGGGGGCCGUCUCUUUGUGGGGCUCGGCCGGUUCAACACCGCCCAGCCUGGGUCGCUCUCAGCCGCCCUCCUCUUUGUAACGCUCCCACCCUCCUUUCCCGUUCUUAGUGCUCUCAUCUCACCCGCCUCUCAAUUUUCCUCCUGUCUCUCACCUCACCUCCACGGUCAACCCGGCGCCCGUGUGUGCAGCUGCUGCACCACCAACCGCUUGUCUUCUCCAACUGGGUAG